UUCAAAUUUGAACUUGAACUGUUUCGAAAUAUCAUUUUACGUACAGCGCUGCAGGAGUAGUGGUGCGCACAAGUGCAGAAUGUGAAAAAAAGUACAAGAAUAUAAAGCAUGGAGCACGGGCAAAAAUGGACGAAAUGCGUCAUCCAGCCACUGGUGGUGGGGGACGUCAACCACCACCAACUGAUGCUGAAGAGGCCUACUACACCAUGAGAGAAGGUGAUCCGAGCAUCAAGGGCCUUAUUAGUGGGUUCGACUCUGAGAUAGCAUGGACAGCAGUGACGCAAGAUGAACACAAGAAUGUUGUGUUUGACUUCCGACUACCAUUACAAUCAGCUGAUGCUGAGACUUCUGCAGGAGGAAUUGCAGCUGUUCUUCCUAGCUCUACUAUAACUAGUAUGUCCUCCAAGCCUUCAGCAGCCCUAGGAAGUGCCCCUCUUGAACCAAGGUCCACAUGCAAGAGGGUAGCAGGAUCAGCCAGCUGCCCCAGCACUAACAUUGACAAGAACAUGAACAAGGCAGAACUUGCCAAUCUGCUUAAAGCCUCGGUCAAGCCACCAAAGCCGAAAAGAUCUAAGGAAGACCUUGAAAAUCUUUCCUACGAGGUCAUGCAAGAGGAGAAGUUGGCAGCACAGCAGCAACAAAAGUUGAUUGACUGUCAGAUAGCUCUUGUUGGCCUUAAAACUGAUUACAUCAAGCUAAAAAUGGCUAAACUGCAUAAGGAUUAA